AAGUCACUGGAGAGCUGCUGGAGAAGCGCCACCUCAGUUGUCAGUGAAGUGCGCUCUGAAACGGUCUCCCAUGGCAGAGAAAUGCGCGGGCUCCGAUUCUCUUCGCUGAACGGACUUCUCCUUCUCCCUCCCUCCAUCCUCUCUCUCUCCCCUUCUCCAUCCCACCCAGAAGCUGAUGCAAAUCGCACCUCUUCUGCAAGUACUGUAAGGUUUUGUCGCCGGAUAUGUGGAAUCCGCUCAAUCUGUUCCGCAGGGCUAAGACGGAGGAGCCGCCGCCGAUGGUUCUCGUGCCGCCUCUCUUCGACUUCCCGCCCCUCCCUGCUCGUACGAGAAUGUUGGAGUCGGCGUAUAAUACGUUGUUUGGGAAGAUUCCUUUAAAAUGUCUUUUUGAGGAUUAUUUUGAGGAUGCUGGGCAUUUCAGCACUAGGAUUUUGCUAAAGCCAAUUGACGAUCCUAAGGUGGAUCUGGUUGCAACAAUUGCAGGUCCAUUAGAUCAUAAGCCGGAUGAGAGAAUUGCAGGGAAUGCGCUAUUCCGUUGGCAAAGGGAUAUUGAUGAUCCUAACACGUUCGUGGACCUCUUUGUAUCCAACUCUGAUCCGAUUUUGCGGGUGAGAUCAUGUGCUUACUAUCCUAAAUAUGGGUUCGGAGCAUUUGGCACUUUUCCAUUGUUGCUAACGAAGAGCCCAACAUUUUCUAAUGAUUUUGGUAUCCUGGGUUUGAGAUACGGCUCAGGAAAUUUAUCUUUCGGAGCCUCCGCAGCCCCUUUUUCUUCAAUUGACGAAUUGCCAAGGAUUGCCUGGCUGGUGAGCAGGAUGGGAAGAGUUACUGCUGGGGUGCAAUAUGAACCAAUAUAUGAAAAUGUUGAUGGUGCAAAAUAUAAAAACUUGAUGAAUUGGAGUUGUGCAAUUGGCUAUGGAGUGGGAACAGGCAGUCCCUUGAGCCCUUCAUUCAAUUUCAAUUUGGAAUUUGCUAGAAGUUCUGAGUUCAUUGCCUCCUUCUAUCAACAUGUGGUGGUCCAGCGACGGGUAAAGAACCCCCGUGAGGAAAAGGAUGUAGUCGGGAUCACGAACUAUAUAGAUUUUGGUUUUGAAUUACAUACAAGGCUCGAUGAUCCUAAUCAACCAGAGGAUGGAAAACUAGGUUCUGAAUCGACAUUUCAAGUGGCUGCUUCCUGGCAGGCUAAUAAGAACUUACUGGUGAAGGGGAAGGUCGGGCCCCUCAGUUCCUCUGUGGCUUUGGCAUUCAAGUCGUGGUGGAAACCUUCGUUUACUUUCAGCAUUUCAGCUACCAGAGAUCGUAUGACUGGAACAGUAGCUCAUGGUUUCGGUGUUCGCAUUGAGAAUCUCCGAGAAGCCAGCUACCAAAGAGCUGAUCCAAACUUCGUAAUGCUGACACCGACCAAGGAGCACCAAGCGGAGGGCAUGGUAUGGAAAAUGGGGAACCGGCCAAUGUUCCAAUCCGACUUAAAUUCUGGGAACUUCGAGAGCUUGCCAAGGGAGUUGAGACCAUACGAGAAAAUAUUGUAAUUUUGACGUCUCUCUCUUAUACCCUUUAGUCUUCUUCCCCCGUCUUAACCAUUGUUCUCUUCUUUCUUUUUCAUGAAGCUAUUAUGACAAUUUAUUUUUCUCCUCUUUUCUUUUAUAUUUGGACGAGAGAUUUUUUUUUUCCCCCC